CUCCCGGCGGCUCCCUGCGGCUCUCUGGGGCAGUUAGCGCACUGAGCUAAUCACGUGGUCUCCUGAGGGCCCCUGGCCUCCUCACAGAUGCCUGAUGAAAACUCAUUUCCAGCCCGAGGAGCCGCAGUUUAGUUCAGGCGGCUCUGAGGACAACCCGGAGCCGCCACAAGGACCCCUGUGUGAUUAGCAUUAGCCCCGAAGCUAACAGGACACAUCUGCGCGUGCACAGCCCCGCGAGCACGAGGACACGAGGACACGAGGACAGAGCCGCACAGAGUCUGUGUGAAGGAUGAGCCCUGAGCCCCGCACAUGGAGCCACAGGACCCCCCGCGGCUCCCGCGGCUCCCGGACACCGCUGCAGAGACGGAGCCACUCAGCGUGAAACAGGAGCCAGACGAACAGCUGCAGGAGCUCCCUGUCACUCCUGUAACCAUCAAAACUGAAGACGACAAAGACGAGGAGACCAGAGAGGAACCCGGGGACCAGAGACCUUACAGCUGUUCAGACAGUGAGGAGCAGACGGACACUGACUGCUCUGAGGAUGCUCGUGAGGACACUGGGCCUGAGGCUGGCGUGAGACCUUACAGGUGUUCAGACCGUGGCAGAGCGUUCGGGCGGCGAGCAGAGCUGCGGCGGCAUGAGCGGCUCCACACGGGACAGAAAUGUUUCACGUGUCCAUUUUGUCAGAAACGUUUCCGGCGGCAGAGUCACGUGGACGGACACAUCAGGAUUCACACGGGAGAGAAACCUUUCAGCUGUUCACUUUGUCAAAAGGAUUUUGCCAAAAAGAAAAGUUUAGUUAAACACGUCCAGACCCACUCAGAAGCUCCGCCUCCAGCCGCGGGGAUGGGAGCGGUUGGACCAUGCAGCUGUUCAGAGUGCGGGAAGAGCUUCAAGAGCCUCGCGGCUCUGGAGAAGCACCGGGCGGCUCAUCGGGGAGAGCGCCCCCACCAGUGCGGCGCCUGCAACAAGAGCUUUAAAAACAAGAGUCACCUGAACCAGCACCAGGUCAUCCACCUGAGCCAGAAACCUUACAGCUGUUCAGUCUGUCAGAAGUCCUUCUCCCGGAGCAGAACGCUGAGGGACCACGUGAAGACACACCGCGAGGACGAGCGGCCGCAAGAGCGCCCCCCGUCUGCGGGCAAGGGCGAGCACAAACCACACCUCUGCUCCGACUGCGGCAAACGGUUCCAGCGCCGGGCAGAGCUGCAGAACCACGCGCUCACCCACAGCGGGGAGAAACCUUUCAGCUGUCCCGUGUGUCACCGGGCUUUCCGAGGACACUUCAAACGGCACCUGAGGACGCACACGGGUGAGAAACCUUUCAGCUGUCCCAUCUGCAACAAAGGCUUCGUGCAGAGCUCCAACCUGAAGGCCCACAUCCGCGUGCACACAGGGGAGAGACCUUUCAGCUGCUCUGUCUGUCAGAACCACUUCAUCUCCAAAGGAAGUCUCCAGAAGCACAUGAGGAGCCACACGGGCGAGCGGCCGCACUGCUGCCCGCUCUGCAACAAAGGCUUCAUGGAGAAACCGCUGCUGCGUGCUCACAUCAUCCUCCACACCGGACGCAAACCUUUCAGCUGUUCACUCUGUCCCAAGUCCUACACCGACCGCGGAUCUCUGCGCAAACACAUGAAGAAGCACCGGCCAGAGUCUGGGCGAGAGGAAGAAGAAGAAGAAGAUGAGGAGAAGGGAGAGGAAGAGGAAACUCCGACACUCAUCUGUACUAAAACUCUUAUCGAGCCAGGACUGAACCAGGUCUAAACCAGGACUAAACCAGGUCUAAACCAGGUCUAAACCAGGACUAAACCAGGACUAAACCAGGACUAAACCAGG